ACAGCUUAUUAAAGUGAAGUAACAAAAAUCCCAUGAAGAUCCACAAAGAAAUCCCCCAUCCAAUCCAUCCACAGCACAAACUAAAGCUUGAAUACACAGAGAUACCAUUCACCUGCGAUGGCUGUAAAGAAGCUGGCAUUGGCCUCAAAUACAGUUGCCAGCAAUGUGAGUUCGAUUUGCACAAGGCAUGUGCUAUGCCAUCCCCCACCAUUACUCAUCCCUUUUAUAGAAAAUGUGAGUUCCAAUUCUACAAUAAACCCCCAGGGGAACAGAUGAGGAUAUGUGAUGCGUGUAGAAAUGAUGUUCUAGGCUUUGUCUACCACUGCAAGGGAUGCGAUUUUGAUCUUCAUCCUUGUUGUGCAAACCUCCCUCAAGUCCUGGAUGAUGGAGAACAUAAUCUUUACCUCUGCCUCAAGCUUUCCAGCUCCUGCCAUCGCUGUGGUGGCAAAGGACCUGGUUGGUCUUACAGGUCUCAAUGCAAGAGUUAUAAUCUUCAUGUCUCAUGUGUUAAAGAGUUGCUAGUUGAAAGUUGGCAAGCCAUGUACUUAAAUGCUGACAAGAACAAGGUCAGAGAGAUGCAGACCACGAUUCCAAGCCUCAAGGGGACACUGAAAAACCAUCAUGGGGGAAGAGGGGGAAAGGUAAAGAAAUGUUGUCAGAUGGCUGGUGGCGCUGUUCGUCUUAUUGUCUCUGCCAUUCUUGGCGAUCCUACAGCUAUAAUUGCUGCAGUUGUGGCAGGUUUUAUGUCCAAAUAAUAAAGGGGCCAGAAGAUCAAAUUAGUAGUAAGCUUACUACAUCUACACAGCUCGUGUUAUUGCUUUAUUUUACAUGUAAUUAUGAGCUUAAGUCUGAAAGAAGUUUCGUAUUAAUGGUGCUCUAAUAUGUUUGAAAGGUCUUAAUUGGUGUGACUUUUACUAAUGAUAAUAAAAUUAUUGCCUAGCUGAA